AUGGCACCAAAUUGGCCUAUUUUGCAUGUUUCCGCUAGCAAGGAUGGGAUGUACUUGGCUAUUGCCGGACUCCAUGGAUUAAUUUUGUAUGACAUUCGACUUAAACGUUGGCGGGUGUUUGGAGAUAUUACCCAAGAGCAGAAGAUCCAAUGCCAAGGCUUGUUAUGGCUCGGGAAAAUUGUUGUUGUUUGCAACUACCUUGAAGCUUCAAACAUGUAUGAAUUGCUCUUUUAUCCAAGAUAUCACCUGGAUCAGAGCUCGUUACUUUGUCGGAAACCGUUGCUCGCAAAGCCUGUGGUUAUGGAUGUUUAUCGAGAUUAUCUACUUGUUACAUACCGCCCCUUUGAUGUUCAUGUAUAUCAUGUGAAUUUAUCUGGUGAUUUGACACCUUCUAGCACCCCAGAUCUACAGCUUUCUACAGUACGAGAACUCUCAAUUAUGACUGCAAAGACCCAUCCAGCUGCUAUGCGUUUUAUCCCUGAUCAGCAUCCUGAAGAAAGUGUUUUGAGAAAGGAUUUAUCUUCAUCAGAUCAUUUAGAUAGAGAACCUGCUAGAUGUUUAAUUUUGAGGACCAAUGGGGAGCUUUCCUUGCUGGAUUUGGAUGAAGGACGUGAGAGAGAACUCACUGACUCGGUAGAAUUGUUUUGGGUCACUUGUGGUCAGUCUGAGGAGAAAACAAACUUAAUUGAGGAAGUUUCUUGGUUAGAUUAUGGCCACAGAGGAAUGCAGGUUUGGUACCCUUCUCCUGGCUUGGAUCGUUUUAAGCAGGAAGAUUUCUUGCAGUUGGACCCGGAGCUGGAAUUUGACCGGGAAGUAUAUCCCCUUGGGCUGCUUCCCAAUGCGGGGGUUGUAGUUGGUGUUUCUCAAAGAAUGUCCUUUUCAGCAAGCACAGAGUUCCCAUGCUUUGAGCCAUCACCUCAGGCCCAAACUAUAUUGCAUUGUCUACUUCGGCAUCUUCUUCAGAGGGACAAGAGUGAAGAAGCUUUACGUUUAGCACAAUUGUCUGCAGAGAAACCACAUUUUUCUCAUUGCCUUGAGUGGCUUCUUUUUACUGUGUUUGAUGCGGAUAUCUCGAGCCAAAAUAGCAGCAAAAACCAGACACGAGGUCCUAAUCAUGCUUCUAGCGCUUCUCUUUUGGAGAAAACUUGUGAUCUCAUCAGAAACUUUCCAGAGUAUUUUGAUGUUGUUGUAAGUGUUGCUAGAAAGACUGACGGUCGGCAUUGGGCGGAUUUAUUUUCUGCUGCUGGGAGAUCGACCGAGUUGUUUGAGGAAUGCUUUCAACGGAGAUGGUAUCGAACGGCUGCUUGCUAUAUUCUCGUUAUUGCCAAACUUGAAGGUCCUGCAGUCAGCCAAUACUGUGCAUUGCGCCUAUUGCAGGCAACUCUUGAUGAAUCUCUUUAUGAGCUCGCUGGGGAACUGGUGAGAUUUCUCCUUAGAUCAGGGAGGGAAUAUGAACCUGCCAGUACAGAGACAUCCCCCAGAUUCUUGGGUUAUUUUCUUUUCCCAUCUACUAAUCGGAGGCAACAAUUGGACUCUAAGAGUUCGUUUAAAGAUCAGAGUGCUCAUGUUGCUUCUGUUAAGAACAUUUUGGAAAGCCAUGCCAGCUACUUGAUGUCUGGGAAAGAACUCUCAAAGCUUGUUGCAUUUGUUAAAGGCACUCAAUUUGACUUGGUGGAUUUCCUUCAACGAGAAAGAUAUGGAAGUGCUCGCUUAGAGAAUUUUGCUUCAGGGCUUGAAUUAAUUGGUCAAAAGCUUCAAAUGGGAACUUUGCAGAGCCGGUUAGAUGCAGAAUUUCUCUUGUCACAUAUGUGCUCUGUUAAGUUCAAAGAGUGGGUGGUAGUCCUGGCCACUCUUUUGAGGCGAUCCGAGGUUCUGUUUGAUCUGUUCCGUCAUGAUUUCCGGUUGUGGAAAGCAUAUAGCAUAACCCUACAGUCCCAUCCUGUAUUUUCUGAAUACACUGAUUUGGUUGAAGCCUUGGAAGAAAGGCUUUCGUAUUCGAACAAUUCAUCAAGUACAACAUCUGAUGAGAGAUGA